AGUGUCGUCUUACGCCGAGAGGGAUGCACUGUAGGGGCGAAACCUGGCGAGUACCGAAGAUAACUCUGUUGCGUCGACGUACGUGGCCUUGAUCAGCCUUGAUAUAAUUGAAAGUUGUCAGUUUUUAUAGUUUGUUAUAAUCAGGGUUUUCCGAAUUUUACCUGUAGAAAAGACGACGGAAAAUUACAGUUGGUGUGCGCAGAAUUAACCGAAGCAUCGAGGAUAAAAUAUCAACCGUCUACAUUUCAUUUGCAUUUGCAAUUGUUUGUACGAAAGCCUGACGAGUUUUAUCGCAUUUUAUGCUUACCUCUGAAUAUUUGUCAUACAACGAAUCUGAAAUGUAUAAAGUAAUGAAAGCCACAAUGUCAUUUGCUGCUGUCAUCAUCACUGUUGUUUCAGUCAAAUAUUCAUCAAUCAAUAUGCAGUAAUUAAGGCAAAACUUUUUCUGAUUAUGGCUGCUUAAACACUUCGUAAAUUGCCCCCUUUAGGGGGGCAGUUUUCCAUCUUGGGAUUUCAAGUUUCUGAGAGAACAAGACUUUGCAGAGGACGAAGAUUGAAGGAACUGAUGUGAAACUGUGUGGUGCUUAUGCAGUCUGCAUAUAUAAGGAGGGACUCAAAUUUUUGUCAAUUUGUGCAGCGAGUUUUGAUAUCAGGCCAAAGAAUAGCAUAUAUAUGCCAUAGUUAGCAGAGAUAGAGAACAUUUUGUUUAUUCUUGAACAAAAAGCUUCCACAAUUUUUCUUAGGAUUUCCUAACUGGUUUCUACUUCUGAAAACAUAGUUCUCCAACUUCUGAUGUCUAGCAGCCUUGCAUUGUAUUAUCAUAUAGCUGUUUGAUUAGGUCUUUUGUAAUCCAUGCAAUGAAAUCACAGCCAAUGGUAACAUUCUUUCAGGGGGGAAACAGAAAGCAUUUCUGUGAUGCCUGCCUUCAUUGCACCGCACACUCUUACAGCUUGCUGAUUGCAGCUGGGUUCAGGUUAGGUGUAGAGUAUGUUGGAUUGGGGCUUAAUGAUGGGAAAUUCGUCCUCUUAAUGAGAUUACUCCAAGCUGAGAAACUUGGUCACUAGAUCAUUUGUCCUUUAGCAGCAAAUGCAACAACUGUCCUUUAGCAACAACUGUGUCAGUCGAUAUUGCCCAGCAUCUUGAAAAUAUUCAUGUAAAAUAAAGGCCUCUCAUCUGUAAGUAACUAUAAUUGGAAGUAAUUGAACUUUUUGAUUGUGUAAAAUAUCAUUUGUGCUUGUGAGAGAGAGAGGUGUAUGUGCGCAGAUAGAUAUUCAUAUUCAUAUUUAGUAGUAGUUAACUGUCUAGUUGUUUACAUUAGGAGUUGUUUACAAGUUUGUAAGAUCAAAGUAUUAGAGUAUUUAUUACUUUAAAGAAAAUUGUAAAGCAUUACAUCAUUUAAAGUAUUAAUUAAGUUCUUGCCAAACUCCAAUUGGAGUUGACUUUUCGUACUAGUUGUCAGAAUUAAGUCUCAAUUGUACUUUGUUGAAAGAAAAAUUGAUAACAAUGGAAUUGUUAAAGCUACCAGAAAGUGAAUGUACCAAUCGUUGUCAAUCAACUCAACAUGGGCAAAUCCUUACGUCAACUCUGUCUCUUCGGGGCAUCUCAAGUUCCGUUUUAAUAUCUUAUAUGCACUGGCUGUGUGGCAACUGUGGUCAUGUGGCUGAUGGAUUGGGUCGCUCUGCAUUGCAUCUUGCUGCUUCGUGCGGUUGCUGUGAAGUGGCAAGGUGGCUGAUCCGUCACUGCAGUGCAAACAUCAAUCUUAAAGAUGCUGAGUCUGGUUACACUCCAUUGCACCGUAGUGUGUUCUAUGGCCAAAUUCAUGUAGCCAUUUGCCUCAUUCAGCUGGGAGCAGGGCUCACUUGCCUGGAUCAUGAUGACCUCACAGCUCUUGAUCAAGCGAUGAAGGACAAGAUGCCUCAUGUGGACUUCAGUCUUAACAACCCAUGUGAGGUGUACACGUGGGGGACAAAUAAUAACUACACACUAGGAAUUGGCAAUCAACGUGACCGAAGCAUUCCAGAAAUUGUUGAGUGCUUUAGAAAACAGAACAUCAGCAUUAGACAGGUUGCCAUGAACAAAUUCCACUCUGUCUUUGUGGCGCAUGAUGGAAGGGUGUUUUCCUGUGGUCAUGGCCAAGGGGGUCGUUUGGGCCUUCAGAAUGAGAAGGCCGCCCUCUUGCCGGGUCAGGUGGUGCUGACGCCUUCCAUCGCUGGCACUGAUGCUCAUGUGGUAGCGGUCAGUGUGGGGCGAGACCACACUGUUUUGCUGACGGAAGGUGGCACAGUGUGGACGUGUGGUCUGAACACACACCACCAGUUGGGCCACUCUCCGCCGCCAGCCUCCCUGAACACACCCAAAGCCCUGAGCCCACGUGUGGUGCGAGGAUUGGGCACGGUGCAGGGUGUGUGUGCUGGUCGUUUUCAUACGGUUAUCUGGAGCACAAAGGGAGUGCUGACAUGUGGUCUGCACGCAGGACAGCUUGGCCACUCCAAGGGUUCUGAGGCGACAAUGGUUGUGCCACGUAUGGUGACUUCUGUUUCGCAUAAGGAUUGGCAAAUCACACAUGUGGCUGCAAGUGAUGGAGCCACUGCUGUUGCUACGCAGAAGGGAGAUGUUUUUAUACUUUAUGAAUACCAGUGCCGCAAAAUAGCAUCUCGUUUGCUUGAUGUAGUUAAGGUUGUGGUAAUGGGUGGCCACCUGGACAGCAAAGUUGAUGCUAAUGUAUUAAUGGACCAGGGUGGAGAUCAACUGAAGGUUGCUGUGCUCACAAGCACAGGAAAGUUCCUUCUGUGGCAAGAGUCGUCGCAGCAGAUGGUGCGAUGCAUGUUCAGUUUAAACCGGCCUCUCAACAUUACAGAUGUUGCCCUUUCUAGAGGAAGUGCCAUGCUGCUUGUCACUAAAGAUGGUGAAGCAUUUGAAGGAGAACAUAGAGCUCGGAAACAAAAGAAGGCUCAGAGUUCUGCCGCAUGCCCUAUGAGUGGAUCAUCUGCUUUUCAUGAGUUUCUGGACAGAAGUGAUUGUGAGCAAGUAAGAGUGAAGAGACUGCUCCAUAUCCACCGAGCUGUCAGUGUAAACUCAGAUCCGAAAGGACAGAAUUGUGCCAUCAUUCAAACACAUCCUCAGGCAGCAUUGCUGGCAGUCCCAGUGGUGGAAACGUCAGAAAUGCGAGAACAAAUGAAGGUUCUUUUGCAAGAUUCUAGACCUCAGGAUACUAUUCAUGAUGUAGUCUUUCUUGUUGGGUCAAGAGAAUUCGCUGCCCAUCGCUUUGUAGUUGCAUCACAGAGUGAACCUUUAGCAAAAUUAAUGGAGAGCAAAAUUGUAGAUUCAGGAGAGGUACUUCGCUUGAAGAUAAGCAAUGUUAAACCUGAAGUAUUUGAACAAAUUCUACUGUACAUUUAUUCUGGUGAAUGUGAUCUGUUGAAACCGGGAAAUUGUUGUCUUCAGAGUUCAAACAACGAGAGCAAAGAAAAUGAAGAAUUGCUUGAUAUAAACACUGUUUCUGCCUAUUCAGUGUAUUCUGGAGAAUCUAAUAACAAGAAGACUAAAAAUAAACAAUCUCAAAAGAACCAGUCACAAAAGAAACCAGACAAUGAUCCUGUUAGAAUCUUACAAGAGACUGCCCGAAGAUUUGGUCUUACAUCAUUGCAGAAAAAAUUAGCACAUGUUAAGUAUGAAAAUGAUGUGAUUGUUACAAAAUCGUCAAGUUGUAUGCAAGCUACAGACAUCACAUUUGACAACAAGAAACAUCAGAAUUUGUAUGAUGUUACUAUAUUAAGUGAAGAUGGGAAGGAAGUAAAAGCACACAAGUGUAUGCUAAUUGCAAGGUUGGAAUAUUUCAAUAGUAUGUUAAAUCAUGGGUGGUUGGAGGCUUCCCGCAGUAAUGUUCUUCGCUUACCAAUUCCUCAUAAUGUUUUGGAACUUCUUGUUGAGUUUCUAUAUAAAGAUGAUUGUUCUGUAGUUCACAAAUCUGACAAUGUGGAUCUUGUAUGCAAUGUCUUAGUUGUUGCAGAUCAGUUUUUUGUCACUCGUUUGAAAGAAAUCUGUGAGGUCACUCUUGCUGGAUUGAUUACUCUUCGUAAUGUGGCCAUAGUUCUGCAAUUUGCAGUCACUUAUAAUGCUAACCAAUUGAAGCAGUGUUGCAUGCAAUACAUAUGUCUUAAUUUGCCAGCUGUUUUGGAGAUUCGUGGACUGGAGAAUGUGGAUGAUUCAAUUUUAGAAGAACUUAGUAAAUAUUAUCGAGAUUUUAAUCCAGUAAUGUCAAGUCGUGUCAUAACACCUUAUUCAAAUGCACCCAACCACUCCCUUGUGGAAGAAGUUGCACAGGCGUAUCCUGUUGCCAGCAAUGAUAAGGAAGAUUCUGAUGUAUUUGAAUUGUCUUCUAAGAGAAAUUUGAAGUCUGUUAAGAAGAAAGUACGUGUGCGCAAGACUAGUGUUAAUGAUACAAAUAAAAUUAAUGAAAGAAACAGAAAUGAAUCUUUUUCAUCAAAUCAUUCUGGAAAUUCAGAUGAAGAUGUAAAACAGACACUUAGUUUAAAUGAUUUUACACAAAGAAAGAAUGCUGAUGAUGUUACCUUAGAACUACGUGAUUUAGAAAUUAGCAAAGAGCAUGGAUCACCAGAAAAAUGGGUGAAAGUUGCUAACUCAAACAGUAAGCAUUUGAAAUGUUCUAGAGUUACGGCCAUUUUAAAGGCACAAGAUGCUGUGAAGCAUCAACAGGAUGUUGUUAAUCAACACAAUGUUUUUACUACUCUUUCACAUAGGACAAAAUCUUCUCCUCAGUCAGUGCCUGCACAAAAGCAACAACAGCAGAUUAUUUGCACGUCUCCGAGUCCUCCUGCAAAUAUGCCUCUUCCUGUUCCCUCUUCACCUCCUAAUUUAAUCUCAGAUUUUCCAGAUCUUAAUAGUCCUUCUUCGUCACAUGAGACUCAUCACAGAAAUGUUCGUAAAACUCCUGAGACAAAGAGCCAUACAAAGAUUUCACAAAAACAACGCAAGAAAAUGGCAAUGGAUGCUCUAGAACACAUUGAGAAAGUAAAUAAUUCAACUCAUUUUGCAUGGAGUCUGUCUGGCGAAGUAUCAAACACCUCUCUCACUGAUAUCAUGCGGGAAGAAGCACAUCACCUCAAUCGGCAAACAGCUCCAAUUCCUGUGACGCCUAAUCGCUCUUCUGGUUGUCUCCCACCGGAGAGCCCUUCCACCAGCAACCCAUGGUUGAAGUGUCACACGUCUCCUGAGGGGUCUUUGGAGACAAAGUUCUGCGACAUUGUGGCAGAUGAGAAGAAACAGCGUGAAAAUUGGACCAAGAUGCGGGCUAAACCUCUAGAAUUUACUCAGUUGGAAGACAAAGCCAUUGAGGAUCUUUUGGUAUUUUACAAUGCAACAGGUGUGUCAGCAGAGCGGAUCACCGUGCGAAGGGUUGUCACUGGUACAAUAGCUACUCCGACCUGGAUAACUUCCUACCACUAAGCCCCUUUAAGCUUGUUUAGAAUGUCAAAGUUUCGUGAGCUCUUGCUUCUUCCCCAAUUUGCUACAUUAAAAUUAUAUGUGUGGGUAGGCUCAUUAGAUAGAAUGUAGAAGUAUAAAAUGUCAGAGAUGCUCCCAAAUAGAAUGGUUUAGUUGGAUCUGUCCAUUUUCAUUGUAAAACCUUUUAUUUGUAAAGAAAGCUUCAUAUAUGUUUUCAAUCAUAAAAAAAAUUUAAGACACAACUAAUGUAUUCAGUAUUUUGUAAGGUGAAAGUGUGCUCACCUUUGGUUAUUUUUUUGUUUUAAAAUCAUGAGGUUUAACCUGUGGAAUCAUGUUACUGUGGCUACAGAAAAAUUGCCAAUAUUACUUGGAUGUUAAUGGGUUUGAUUUUCUAACUUAGUUAAAUUAAUAAUCUUGAAAACAUCAAAAUUUUUUGGAUCCAUCUUGAAUUUCGUUUCUUGGAACUAAUGUCAUGACCAUUUUCAUGUUUGUUGCAUUUAAGCAUUUUACAGUACCUAUUUUCAGUGAUGUUAGUGGACUAUAAACUUGUGUACAAGUAAUAGAAAAAGUCAAUACAGUUGCCCUUGUUUUGACCUCUUGUUUGAGUUUUGGGAAAGUUAUGUUCUAAUUCAUUGACUGUAUUCUAUUGAAUGUAGAUUCACAUAUUUUAAGGUAUGUUCACCUGCAGUUUGUGUUGUGAAUUAUCUGCCAGUACCUUGAAUUUUCAUAUUGGAUAAUACCAGUGCAGUAUUUUUCGCCAUGUGUGUGUGUGUGUGUGUGUGUGUCUGAUGAAGUAUAUUUUGUGUGUAGAAGAAGAUAAGAGCUAUCUUCAAUUGUACUGUAUCAUUGCAUUGUCAAUUCUGAGUUACAGUUCAGUUUUUUGUGUAAUGCUAAACCAGGCUACCUUUGGGAUGUUACGUUAACUUAACAUUUUUUGCUUUAAAUACAUGAAUUGUUUAUUUCUUGAUUUCCUAAUGCCAAAGAGUGGCAAUUGAAAGAAUUCUAUUUGUUUUUAACUGCUGUUAUAUUAUGUAUUGUUUCAUCAGUUGGGCACCUGCACUUUUUCUUUGAUACUAUCUCUUAAUUUUACUCAAUUGUAUGCAUUUAUAGUUGAGUGGUGCUGUUAGAUAUAUGUAAUAAUUCGUGUUUGACAUUAGGAAGCUGAUAUUCAAGAAUUAAUAAAAUGUUCGAACUGGAA